AUGUCUUUGCCAGGAAAAAAAACUCGAGAUUUAUCACAAUUACCAACAUUGUGUUAUGAAAUAAAAUUAAAUUUACCAAUCAAUUUUGAUAGUAAUCCACAAGAAAUAUCUUUUUUAGAUUUAAUUGCAAAUGAUUCAAAAUUUAAAAAUGAUAAAGAAAGUUUGGAAUUAGUACUUAGCUCUUAUGUUAAAGCAUGUGGAAAACAAAGCGUUAAAGAAAUUCUUUCUGAACGUGAUACUAUUGUUGAUGAUAAUGCAUCAUUAUCUGAUAUAAUUCGUGCAUUAAUGGAUUAUAAUGAUCAACAAAAUGCUAAUUUAGGUGUUGGUUAUAAUGAUCCAGAAAAUGAUGAUUCAUUUAUUGAUGAUUCGACAGCUGCACAAGAUAUAAUACCAAAAAAUAUGACAAAUGAACGAGAUGGAUUUUAUGUUAAUGAAAAACAUCAACCAAUUAAAGCUCGAUAUUUAAGUGAUUCGAGUGAAUCAAAUAGUGAAGAUGAAGAAAUUGAUGAUAGUGAUGAUGACGAUGAUGAUGAAUCAAGUGAAAGUGAGAAAGAAGGAAAAGAAAAAAAGAUAAUUAAUAAUAAUCAAGAAGAUUUAAAUGAAAAAAAUGCAAAAAAGGCUAAAACAGAUGAUAAUGCAAUUCCAAAAUUACCAAAUAUCAAACGAAAACGAAGUAUAUCUGAUAUUGAAACACCUUCAUUAACAACCAAUUUUGAUGAUCAAAUUAAUAACAGCAAGCCAGUCGACGAAACAGUUAAAAAAGUUAAAAAAUCAAGUGAAACAAUUAAUGAACAAUCUAUACCAAAUGCAGUAACAUAUGUUUUACCAAAUGAAAUAGACAAUGAUAUUAAACAAUCGAUCGAAAAAUUAUCCAAAUUAAUUUCAUCUGAUCAAACAAAUACUAAUGCUCAAAAGAAGAUUGAACGUCUUUUUGAUUCUACUGUGUGUCGUGAAUUACUUGAUUUGGUAAAAAAACUUCAUCGUCAUACAAAUGCUAAUCGACAAUUAGUAUUUGAUAUUUUAAGUACAAAAACUGGUAUAUGUGCUUCAUUAUUAAUAACACGAGGUCGAUUAUUAUUAUUAAAUGAUUAUGAACCAUUGGUGGUAUCAAUGUCAUUAAAUGAACUUCGAGACAAAUUAAAAAUUGAAGUUAAUCGUUCAUUAGAAUCACACAUACAAGCACAUAAUCAAGCAAUAAAAGAAUGGCAAAAGAAAAUGGUUGAAAAUCCAUCAAAAGAUAAAAAUCGAGGACCAAGAAAAAAUUUUCGUUUAUAUAAAACAAUAAAUGAAUUAAUUAUUCGUUGUAUUGAUCGUAAACUUGAAACAAUGACAAUAUUUGAUUCAGAUUCAUUAGAAUUAUUUCUUCAUGAUUAUAUUGUCUCAUUAUGGGAAAAACCUGGAUGGAUGACAGCAAAAAAAAUCAUUAAUGAAGUUAUUAGACUUGAAUAUCGACCAUUACGAGAUAUGAAUGUACCUUUAAAUCAAUCAUCUCAAGCAACUCGAAUAACAACAACACCUUCAAUAGCUGAACGAAUAAAGAAAGAUACUCCAACGAUUCCACAACCACCACCGCCGUCGUCGGCACCAUCAUCAAAAAUAUCAAAUCCUAACCCAGCGCCAACAAUCAAUGCAACAAAAGUUUCUCAACAACAAAAUUUAAAAACAAAUGAUAUCAAAUCUUCUAUUCAUCCAACCACAAAUCCAGCUCAUGGAAAAUCAUUAGAAAUGGCUACACGUGUUACAACUAAUCCUAUUAAACAACAUACACCGCAUUCAACGCCGACUGAAUCAAUAACUAGUCAAUCAUCGGAACAGUCAUCAAUUAAAUCUACGAAAACUGAUAUUGUUCGUCCAAUAGUAAAACCAGCUAUAGUUUCUCCAUUAUCACAAUCCGAUUCAAUAAUUAAACGUAAUUCAACAUCAAAUUCUUCAAAUGUUAUUGAUCUGACUAUGGAUUUAUUUCCUCAACAUAAAAAACAUUCAAAUGAAUUCUCAAAUUCAACUUCAAGAAUAAAUACUCAUUCUUCUUCACAUAAAGAUUUAUCAUUAUCACAACGACCAACUUCUUCAUCCACAUCAUCAAUAAAUAUAACCAUGCAACAACAACAACAACAACAACAACAACAGCAAUUUGCUACAAAAAUUACAUCUGAAAAAUCUCCAGCUGGAUCUUUUCUUAAAGAGGCUCUUCUAACUGGUUCAUCAUCACCAAAACUUUCUGCGUCACCAUUAGCUGUUGAUAAUAUGCUGAAUAAAUCACUUAAUAGUCCAAAAACGAAAACAAAUACAUCAACUAUGAAACCACCACCUCCACUCCCACCACCUACAACAACAACAUUACAAAGUCCAACAAAUCAUACACAACGUUCUUCUAGUUCAAGCAAAAGUAGUACAAAUCGUCCCUCAACUGAUUAUACUCAUCAUCGAACUGAUCAACAAGUUCAACAACAAAAAACUCCAUCAUCUUCAAAUCGAUCACAAUCAAGUACAGCAUCACCUACGUCUAUUUCACCAUCAUCACGACGUUCAACAACGGGCUUUUCUUCUACACAUGAACAACAGUCAAAUCGUGGUCUUUCAUCUCAAGUUGCUAUUCCAUCAGCAUUAUCACAAUCGAUUCAUUGGGAUCAAGCAACAUUACAAUUAGCUGCAGCUGCUCUAGCUAAUCCUCAAUUACUUAAUUCAACUGUAUUUGAUCCAAGUUUAUUUAAUUCAGUUUUUGCUAGUGCUGCAAGUAUUGUUUCGUCUAAUCAAUCCUCAUCACGUCAGCAACACUCACAAAAUACGAAUAAUAAUCGACGAACUUGA